CCUAUCAGUUUUCAAGCUUAUGUGAAUACCUGCGUAGGUGUGUUCUGUGGGUUUCUGCGUGUGCUCCUGCGAGUUUAUGGAAGUUUGCAAAGUAGACGAGGGCCAGUUUGACUUGCAAAAUAGGAUUUACUUGGAGACUGGAGCUGGGGACUAUUAAAAAAGGUUCAGGAUUACCAGCUCUCCGGCCAUAUCUCCCUGUUUGGAUUGGUGACAGUGCCUAACAACCAUCGCCAUGGGUGAAAUGGAGCAAUUGCGAAAGGAGGCGGACAGUCUCAAAGACCAGAUCACUGCAGCUCGUAAGGCGGUGCAGGACAGCACGCUGCAAGAACAAGCAGCUGGGAUCACCGUGGUGGGUCGUGUCCAGAUGAAGACCAGGAAAACACUAAGGGGUCACCUUGCCAAGAUCUACGCCAUGCACUGGGGCGCUGAAUCCAGCAGGCUGUGUGUCAGUGCCUCACAAGAUGGAAAACUCAUAGUGUGGGACAGCAUCACGACCAACAAGGUGAAUGCCAUCCCUCUCAAGUCAUCGUGGGUGAUGACUUGUGCCUAUGCACCUUCGGGGAAUCUAGUGGCAUGUGGCGGUCUGGACAACAUGUGCUCCAUCUACAACCUCAAAGGCAAGGACGGGAACGUCAAGGUCAUGCGUGAGCUGGCGGCGCACACAGGUUACCUGUCCUGCUGUCGUUUCCUCAGUGACAGUGAGAUCAUCACAAGCUCUGGAGACUGCACUUGUGUACUAUGGGACAUUGAGACAGGAACCCAAAAGACCAUCUUUGCUGGACAUCAGGGAGACUGCAUGUCUCUGGCCGUGUCCCCAGACUUCAAGUUUUUCAUCUCAGGGGCUUGUGACUUCACGGCCAAGCUGUGGGACAUCAGGGAGGGCACGUGCAGACAGACCUUUGGAGGCCAUGAGAGUGACAUCAACGCAAUUGGGUUCUUCCCCAAUGGUAACGCGGUGAUAACAGGGUCGGACGACGCCACCUGCAAGCUGUACGACCUGCGAGCCGACCAGGAGCUCAUCACUUACCAGGACUCCAGCAUCAUGUGCGGGGUGACCUCCCUGGCCCCGUCCCUGUCUGGACGCCUGUUGCUGGCUGGCUAUGACGACUUCAACGUCAACAUCUGGGACACACUUAAAUCUGAGAGAGUGGGAGUGCUGGCUGGUCACGACAACAGGGUGAGCUGUAUCGGAGUGUCCUCAGACGGCAUGGCCUGCUGCACAGGAUCCUGGGACAGCUUCCUUAAGAUAUGGAACUGAGGCUGUUCCUCACCGGCGAGCAGAAAGAGAGCAGCAACAUCUGCCCGGGAGAAAGCGAAGAAGAUAAAGAAAAAAGAAAAGAAAUUGGAGCUUGAGGGAGGGAGACAAGGAGACGCAUAGGGUGAGAAGAGGGUAUUUUAAUUGUGCCAAGUCCUAUCUAAUGUAGGAGAGGGGUCGUAAUGUGAAGAUUUUCUCCUCUCUCUGUCACAUCACGCUCUCACCUUUCUUCUCAUGUUAAGGGGGAAAUUUGGGGUGGGGGUCUCAGAAAAGAUCAUUCCUCUUAAUAAUUUUAUUAUACUGCAUUUGAAAUCGAUGACAUAUACACAUUUGCCGCAGCAAUUCAGAGAUCACCCAAUGAGAACAGUUGCCAAAUGGAAAUGGUAGCACACUGGAUGAGAUAGAAUCGAAUAUGUGUCAAGUUACAGCCUGUGUAGGUUCACACUAGCUAUGCUGUGUUUUAUAUCGAAGCAUAAAUAAGGUCAAAUGAAUAAUAUGAGCAUUUGCGUUUUCGUUUCAGACUGUUGUUUGCCCUUAGUUUUUGGUAGAUUCCCUACAUGCUUAUAUUUACUUUCUUUUCAUUUUCUAAUUUCAAUUAAAAUGGAGUUAUAGUUUGCAGAUGUCUACAUUAGUGUUUGAGUUGUUUUGUAUGUGAUUGAUGGACAAUAUAUACCAGGAUUUGGGGUCUCAGACGGCCUAACCCUAACCCCCUGUAGCUAGACCUGAAAAGUGCUUUGGGUAAACUGUUGACCUGACAGAUGGGAUUAAAAAAUGGUUUCCAUGGUUCACUAAGCACUUAGAAAAAAGGAUGACCCAUUUGUCUCAGGACAGGAGGACUUUUGUGUGAGUGUUAUACGGAUGAUGGCGUCUAUUGUGCGCAUGUAAGCAAUACAUUUGAAUCUGUACUAUAUGAUCACUUCCCUUUUCCUCUGCAAUGGUACAAGAUAAACUUGAAGGACAGUAUGUGUACAUACAAAAGUUAGGUUCUGACAAGGUUCUGACUAGAAUUUGGACUCUUUUCCAACACUGCAUACAGACAAUGUGCAAAGUAAAGCAAUACAACCUUUCUUAAAGACUGUCUAAUAAACAUGGGAU